UUCACUGCAACAGCCAUCGCCCACCUCCUCCCCUCCCCACCUCGUAACCCGUCACACAGGCCACGAAGAGCUCCUCCUCUUCCUCCUUCUUCCUCCGCCUCCACCAUGGCCUCCUCCACCGCGAGCUUAGAGACGUCGGCGAGCUCCCGGCAGCACGCCGACGCCUUCUCCUUCGCGACCGCCUCCUUCUCCGAGCUCCUCUCUGCAGGCGAUCCCGGCGAGGACUACUCGUUCCGGGGUUUCUCGGAGAGCUUCGGCAGCGACGGCGUUGGGUUGCCCAAGUUCAAGUCCAGUCCGCCGCCUUCGCUGCCCAUCUUUCCUCCGCCGAUCUCCCCUUCCUCCUACUUCGCCAUUCCAGCCGGGCUCAGCCCCGCCGAGCUCCUCGACUCUCCUGUCCUCCUCUCUUCUUCCAUCUUUCCAUCUCCUACAACUGGUUCAUUUGCCUCACAAGCUUUCAACUGGAGAGGAACUACCACUUCUUACCCUCAAGACAUCAAGGAUGAAGACAAGUCCUACGGUGACUUCUCCUUCCAGACUCAGGCCAUUAAUGGAACCACCCAAGCUUCCUCCUUCCUCCCUUCUUCCGCACCCAUCCCAUCGGAGCAUCAUCGGCAGCCAUGGAUGCAAGCAAGAGCUGAUGGCAGCAGAUCACUGGCAUCCAAUCCAGCUCACUGUGCUCAGCCUGUGCAGACUCUGCAGCGGAGGUCGGACGACGGCUACAACUGGAGGAAGUACGGGCAGAAGCAGGUGAAAGGCAGCGAGAACCCGCGCAGCUACUACAAGUGCACGUACCCCAAUUGCCCGACGAAGAAGAAGGUGGAGAGAUCGGUGGAUGGGCAGAUCACAGAGAUCGUGUACAAAGGCACGCACAACCACCCGAAGCCGCAGUCCAACAAGAGGAACUCAACAGCUCGGGCUACUGCUCCCUCCGAAGCAAACGAGCAUUCCUUGAUCGAAUCUGCUGCCACGCCCGAGAAUUCCUCCACCUCCUUCGGCGAUGAUGAUCUUGAGAUCAGCAAACCAGGAGCGGACGAGUACGAUGAAGAUGAGCCUGAUGCAAAGCGAUGGAAGGAGUAUGGGGAAGGUGAGGGAAUAGCGGCUGCAGGGAACAGGACGGUGAGGGAGCCGAGAGUGGUGGUGCAGACCAUGAGCGACAUCGACAUCCUCGACGACGGGUACCGGUGGAGGAAGUACGGGCAGAAGGUGGUAAAGGGGAAUCCCAAUCCGAGGAGCUACUACAAGUGCACCACCAUGGGGUGCCCGGUGAGGAAGCAUGUGGAGAGGGCGUCGCAUGAUCUCAGGGCGGUGAUCACCACCUACGAGGGGAAGCACAACCACGACGUGCCCGCAGCUCGCGGCAGCGGCGCGCAGCUUCUCAACAGGCCGACCUCGGACAUCAACAACAACAGCAACAACAAUAACUUCAACAUGGCGAUAAGACCAUCGGCGACGGAGAGCCAUCAGUAUCAGAUGGUCACUGACUCCGUCUACACCGGCAGAUCCGAUGGCUUCUCUGGCUUCGCCGGCUACGAUAACUCAAUGAGCUCCUACAUGAAUCUACAGCAGCAGCAGCAGCAGCAGCAGCAGAGACAAACAGAUGGUACGCUCAUCAAAGCGAAGGAGGAGCAAAGAGAUGAUACAUUCUUCAAGUCUCUGCUGUGCUGAGACUGAGAGGGAAACAGAGGAAGAACUCAAGACUGGAGACUUCAAUCGUGUUGUAGGGAUUAAUAUAUAGAGUCAUGACACUGCAUUUGUCUCAUUCGUUUGAUUGUUUUGAGGUCUAUUGAGCCUCUCUGACAAUUGUAUCAAUUACAACACCAACCAGAAUAGUUGGAUAGGAAACAACAUGAAAACAGAAACAAUUAUAGGGUUCUUUCUUUCUUUUUUUUAAAUGUAAAUGAGGUUGAAUGGAUUGUAUUUUUCUAUAAAAUAUUUACAUCUCAAUAUACAUAAAGCCAUGGUACUUAAGUAUUCUGAA